UACAAUCAAAAACAAUGACUACAUGAACGCGAUAGUGUUGUAAUGGAGUGCGAAUUACAGUGAAUCGAUUUAUUGAAAAAAAUGUUUAUUUUACUAUUUGUUAGGAAAUUGAAGUGGCGGAUCAAUAUACCUCAAAUGUUCACUAUGUAAAAUGAUUUUAGAGCUUAAGAACUGUUUCAAUAUUAAUGUUUACAGUAUAUGCCGUUGAAUGCAGAGAAGGCUAUUGCAGAAAAACUGCAGUAGUUAGUUUACGCAUGAACCUGCUGGGUUUUCACCAGUAUGGUGUCAACACAAGGGGAGAUACGGGUUGGACCUUCACAUCAGGCGAGACUUCCGGAACUUCGACCUAGCUUGGGCUUUGCGACCGACUUGGAACUGAGCAAGGAGCGCGAGGAGAUAAGAUGGCAGCCGGCGAUGUCGCUGGACGGCGACCUGCUCAUGUACCUGCGGGCGGCGCGCUCUAUGGCCGCCUUUGCCGGCAUGUGUGACGGCGGAUCCGCCGACGACGGCUGUGUCGCUGCCUCUCGCGACGAUACCACUAUUAACGCUCUCGAUGUGCUUCAUGAUUCUGGAUAUGAUCCUGGUAAAGCUUUACAAGCAUUAGUCAAGUGUCCAGUACCUAAAGGAAUUGAAAAGAAGUGGUGUGAAGAAGAAACCAAACGUUUUGUCAAAGGAUUGAGACUGUUUGGAAAGAAUUUUUUUCGAAUUAAAAAGGAUCUUCUACCUCACAAAGACACCUCCGAACUAGUGGAGUUCUACUAUUUGUGGAAAAAGACGCCUGGGGCCAAUAAUAAUAGACCUCAUCGUAGGAGACGUCAAGGAUCUUUGAGGAGAAGGAAUACGCGGAACACAAGGGCAGGAACGCCCAGGGAGGAGCCCGGUGCCACAGGAGCAUCAAGGCCUUCUCCAAAUCCAAAGGAACACGGGGAUGGCAGUUCUGGAAGCGAAGAAGAUAAUUCAGACGACGAUAAUUCUGACUCCAGAGAUCACAAUACACAACAGUACCAGUGCCAACACUGCUUUACUACAAAUUCGCGAGAUUGGCAACACAAGGACCGCACUCUGCUCUGCUUCGACUGCCGAGCCCACCACAAGAAGUACAACGAGCUUCCGCCUGUUCCCGCCAACAGCAACAACAACAACAACACUAGCAGCAACAACAAUAGCAACAGCAACAACAGUAAUCAAGCCAACAACAGUAAUCGCGGCGACGCGCCCUACCUCUUCAGACCAGUUCAGACCGAAUCUCCGGAAGGCUCCCCGGGUCGAAUGAGGACAAGAAACAAGGCCAAAGAAACGCCUCCAAAAGGAAACGGUGGACGUCCUAAACGAAGUGGUACGAGCACACCCGACGAGCUGGAUAAGAAAACGGGACCGGGUGGUUGCAAAUCACCAGGAGCAUCCAGUACAUGCUCCAACUCCAAUUCUCCCAGUGACAAGGCCAAGAAAAGGCUGUGUGUUGAUAAGAAGCCAGAUACUGGCAAAAGCCGUAAGAGAACAGUGACAGAGCAGGAGAGUGAGGAGGAAGUGAAGAGGAAGCGAGAGCGACCAGAGAGUCCAUCGGAGAGUCUGACAACGGACAGCGGAUCGGUGCCUGACGAAGUGGCCGACGAACCUAGCGAGCCACCGCCUCCGCCGCCGCCCCCACCUGCCAACAGUGUGGAGGCCGCAGCCGGGCCGGGGGCGGCUGAAGUGCCGCCUCCCAAUGCUCCACCACCUGCCGCCAACGUUAUCCCCAAGGUGGAAGAGACGUCAUCACCACCACCUCCACCUCCACCACCGCCCGCCCCCGCUCCACCCGACGAGAAUGCACCCAAGAAAGAGCCUGUCGCCGCUCCCGAGGCAGACCCCAACGACCUCACAGAGUCCAAGUUCUCGCCUGUCUCGCCUUCGGUCGCCGCCGCCUCCUUUGUGCAGCCCCCGGCUCCCCCCACCCCAACUUCUAAUCCCGUCCCCACUCCUGACGACGUUAAAAACGAGAUGAAAACCGAUGUAAAACCAAAGACCGAAGAUGGCAACUUCUUCCAAAUGUCUGUGAUGCCUCAAGAGAGGAGUAUGGAGCCUGUUAGCGGGCCUCUGCCUAGAGCAUUCGAGGACAUUCCCUCGCCUGGCAAACUGACAGUGAAACGCGAGGGUCUGUUCGAAAAUCAGAAUCAGGAAAGUGUGAUUGUUCCUGUGAUCACUAAUGCACCCGUCGAUGGCUUCGUACCCAAAGAAGAGAACUCCAAUUCAAUUGCUGCCAGCACUCAAACGAUAACGAUUCCGUCAUUCACUGCUCAGCGCACAACUGGCUUGCAAUCAGCCAGCUGUAAUGCCAGUGCUACAAUCAAAGUGGAGCCGAUAGGUGGCGACGAAUCGGCGUCGAAUGACGCUUGUAGCAGUCAGCGGCCCAGCUCAGCACCCGACAACACGGUCACAACAGUCAGCAAUGCUGCCGCGCUGCAGCCUUCCAUGUCACCCAUCCAGCUCACCACCUAUCCGACCACUGCGUCUCCACGUCAGGCCACCAACACUGACUCCAUGCCAGCGCCAGCUGAAAAGUCGCCAGCCCUUCUCAUACCCACUUACAAUCCGGUGGCUGACAGUGAAAAGCCCACUCUGACGAUACCAACGGUGCCGGUGCCCCCUCCUUCGCAGCAUCACGGCUCAUUCGCACCCUACUACCACCCGCACUUCCAUCCUCACCACCAAGCAAGGCCGGACAAGAUGGACCCAACGCCUCCCUAUCUCAGCUCAGCCGCUGGAUUGCAGAGCGAGCCACAGAACUUGAAAAUCAAACAGGAAGUGAUUCCUCCGGAUACAGUGCAGCCGUCUGCAGAUCCUUUGCAGUCACUGAAAGAGGUCAAAGUGCCCGGCUAUACAGGGUCUUCGUCAAUUUCACAGCCACUGCUUCCCACGACAACUAGUGCACCGUCGAUUGUUAGUGGUUCGGCGGGCGGAGAGCCCCUGCCACCACCGCGGUCCGAUUCGCAGCCGCAGCCGGCGUCGCCGUUCCUGCCACUCGACAACAUCAAGAAGGAGCAGCCCGACCAGUACAAUGGCGGCGGCUCGGUGCCCUCCAAGUCACCGGUCCCAGUCAAACAGCAGCCGCCUGCAGUGGAGACGGCAUCCACUCCCUCGCCAGCACCCAGGUCAUCGUCCACUCACACGCCUCCCUUCCCGCCACCGGCCCCGCCGCCCCCAGCACCGCCCACUUCGAUUCCUCAGCCGGUGAUGCACCCGUCGCAGCAGCCCUCGCCCCUCAGCCGCGUUUCGCCCGCCCACCUCGCGCACCCCCACCCCUUCGUGCCGGCCAUCCACCACCCCCACCACCCGCUCAUCCCUCACUCGCUGUUCGCCGCGGCCGCUGCACACGCGGCUGCCGUGCACCACAGCCCCUACCACGCUCACCACCCCUAUGCCGCCGGCUACCCCUACCCGUUCCCCUACCCCUACCCGAUCCCCCAACCCGUGCCGCCUCCCCGCUCGCACGAAGCACACAAACGAGAAGCCAUGGAGUCGUCGACCACCAUGAUGACCUCGCAUCACUCGUCGGUCACCACACGCUCCCUCAGAGAGGAGGAGAGCACCACGCAGGAGAUCACUCAGACUCACCACCACUCCACCUCGCACCACUCUUCGGUGCACCACCACUCGGCCGGCGAGAAGCAGAGUCAGACCAUCUCGCACUCCUCCACCUCCAGCAGCACUGCUUCUGUGCAGCACAAGAUCAACUCCACCAAACGAGGAGGCAGUCCUUCCCCGGCCAUGUCGCUACCUUCCACGCAGUCGGCAAGUUGUCACGUGUCGGCGACGCUGAGCCAGACGACGUCAUCGUCGGUGUCGACCAAUCACGGCCACGGACACCACAUGCCCGGACACCACAGCCACCACCACCAGCACACACACCACCACCACUCCACCACCGGUCUGCCACCGGCACCGCACGAGCGCAUGUCCCCCCAGAUGAUGCUACCCUUGGGCGCAAACAGUUCGCGGUCGGGAGGCGGCAGCAGCGGGGGGCAGAGUGGAGGCAAACCGCCUCCGCCGCCCCCCAGCCACCACGGCAUGAUGGUGCACCCGCACCACCCCAUGUCGCUGGCCGCGCUCCAGCCACCUCCGGGCAGUUCGCUGGAAGCACUCAGGGCGCAUGCGCAGGCAGCCGCUAUGCACUCGCCGCUGCCCUUGCAAGCUGCGCCUCACGGCAUGCACGGCCACCAUCCAGCCUACGACCUGGGAGUGCCGGGCGGUGAUGUGCUGAAGCCGGAGCCAUUGACGAUGUCGGCGGCAGACGAGGCGAUGAAUUGCCAGGAAGAGGACGAGGUGCCCAGUCCCACCAAUCAGGUGCCUAGGGGGCCCAGUCCCGAGCCCAAGAUCGAGGACGUCGAAUGUCAUCGCAGUCAGAGUGCUAUAUUCUUGCGUCAUUGGAAUAGAGGCGAGCACAAUUCGUGCACAAGAACUGAUCUGACGUUCAAGCCAGUGCCUGAUUCAAAGUUGGCCAGGAAGCGAGAUGAGAGGCUGAGGAAGCAGGCUGAGAAAGAGAGAGAGGAACGGGAGAAAGCACAAGCUAGAAAGGUAGCAACUCCUGAGAAGCCAGAAGCAUCGAAGCCACCUUCAAGAGGGCCAAUCGAGACUAUUUCCUCGCCGUAUGACAGAUACGGAGCACGGCCUGGUGCCUAUCCUGACACACCAGCUCUUAGACAGCUGAGUGAGUACGCUCGCCCGCACGCGGGCUUCUCGCCGGUGACAGUGCAGCGGUCGGCCGCCCUGGGUCUGCCUCCACAGUGCAUCGAUCCCAUGCUGCACUACCAGCUCAACUCCAUGUACGGACCCGGCACCCGCGAGAGAUUGGAGCUCGAACAUCUGGAAAAACGCGAAAGAGAGAUCAGAGAACUGCGAGAACGCGAACUGAAUGACAGAUUAAAAGAGGAACUGAUGAAAAACGCGGCAGCCGGCCCCAGGCCGCUUGAUCCCCAUUGGUUGGAUUUGCAUAGAAGGUAUCAAGGACUAGGUCCUGGCGGACCUCCGGGACUCCAUCAGUUUGGCCUGUACCCGGGAGCCCCCCCAGGUGGUCCGGCCCAGGCCUCAGCACUCACACAGCUCGAGAGAGAACGAUUGGAACGACUCGGAAUCCCGAGCGGUGCGGGCUCAGCGGUCGGGGGUGGGCCGUCGUCGGGCGGCGGCGGAGGCGGGGGUGGAAGUGGCGGAGGCGGCAGUGGUGGGGGCGGUGGCAGUGCGGGGGCGGCAGCACAACAGCUGGAGGCGGAGCAGCAGCGGCUAGCCCUGGCCACCGACCCCAUGGUGCGACUGCAGAUGGCCGGCAUCUCGCCCGAGUACCACGCGCACACGCAUGCACACUCGCACACGCAUGCGCACACCCACCUCCACCUGCACCCCUCGCAGCAGCAGCAGCAGCAGGGGGGUGGGCCGCCGCCUCCUGGGCCCCCUCCGCCCCCCUCCCAUCAGCACCAGCAUGACCCGGCCGCCGCCGCCUUCCCGCUCCCAGCAUCGGGCAGUGGAGGCGCAUACGGAGGGCCGCGACCCAGCCUACUGCCCCCGCCGCCCCUGGGCGUGACGCUGCCGCCUCCUUGGGUCUGCACCACCCGCACGCCGCCGCCUCUGCCGCCUCCUACGCCGAGCAGCUGGCGGCUCACGACCACAUUUUACAGCGUCACAUGAUGAUGGAGCGUGAUCGCUUCGCCCAGCAUCCCUCCAUCAUGGCGCAUCACGAGGAAUAUAUCAGACAACAAAGGGAGCGUGAGCUGAAGGUUCGUGCUCUAGAAGAAGCCGCUCGUAAUUCCAGGCAGUGAACUGGCAUUUACUCCUUAAAGAUAUAUUGAGACUAUUUUCGUGAAAAGACUCACGAACAAAAUAAUGGAUUAUCAUAGAACUAUUCGUGGAAAGAUUCAAUGGGGGCUGUCUCGAUGAAGAAGUCACUAUGAUUCAACUUUAGUGAAGCAAACCUGUGAACAUUCUCAUCAGUCAAGUGAACAUAAUAGGUUUAUCUGCGUGGUAUGAUCCCCACAGGUGUUACGCUUUCAAAGCAUCACAAGUGCUCAGAACAUUCAGAUAUUCUUAAUGAUUGUGUGUGUAUGUGGACCAAAUCUGUUUAUGUAAAUAAGAGAUGAAUAUCAAUUAACACGAUAUUACGUUCACUUUAUUUCCAUUUAGACUGGGAAUAGAGGUAUUGUGUUCAUGGUAAUAUUUAUAUAUAGCACAUUAACAUGAGUAGUAAAACGAUUAUGUAAUUAUAAUACAUUAUAUUAUAGAUAAGCAUACUUCCAUGUUGAAGAAGCAGUUAUUGCUUAUUUGAUAGUGAACAACUUACUUUGAAUGAUUUUUACUCUGUCUACUAGUUUGCUAUAACUUACUACGUUUAAAGAAUAAUACAGAAAGGUACUUAUAUAUUUCAGUACACUUGCUAAAAGGAUCAAAUGAAGAUAACACGAUUAUAAAUAAUAAACUAUAAAUAGAGCAAAUAGCUCACCAAGUAUUAGGAAUAUCUCUAUUUGUAUUAAUAAUUUCGAACAACAAUAAUUUUGUUAAUUAAACUAUUCCUAUAAGUUAUAUUAAGAUGAGGUGGGAUACGAAGGCAAGAUUAUAAGGAGCUUCAAGAAUAUAGUUGAAUAUCAUUGUUUUGUAUUGUACUGAUUCGUCCUGAGUGAGUUUGAUAUUAUUGAUAAAUGUUUCGCGAAGUUACCCACUACCUCAAUAGAUAUUUCUAUAGUAAACAGUAAAUAUUUAUAAACUGGAAAUAGUUAUCUAUUGUCUACUUUGAAACUUCUUUUAAUCUGCUUCCGAUAAUAUUAUUCAAAUACUUAAUCACUUCCUUUUAAACAUUUAUUUAUUUUUACAAAGACAAUAGAUAACCUCAAAUAUUUCUAUUAAAAACUUAGUAUGAAUGUAUUACAGGAAAAUUAUAUUUUCUCUUUGAAAGCAUUUCGUAUUGUUUUACGGGACUGAAAGUAGUUCUACUUUCUCGAUUCAAAUAUUUUAUAGUUUUUUUCCGUUUUUUAGAACAUUUCGGGUUCUUACUACAAUUUAUUAUUGAGUGUUCUAGAUGCUUGUUGAAUACAGCAAGUCGUGAACAGUAGUCUACCCAAUACUGGUUCUUGAAGUGAUAGUUUGUAAAGAAUUAAGUGUUGACGCUUCUAAUUAGUAGGAAACUACUACUUGUUUUUUUUUUUAAUUCUGAUGCUUUUCGUCAUUGAUUGAGUUAAUUGAACCACCAAUUUUUGUGGUACGGUGACUAUAAAAUAGUUUAUGAUGACAUAAGAGGCGUAUCAAUGAAUCUUAUUGAACUGGUAUUUUAUAAUAAUACUCUGCCACUGAAAAAAGUGUAUUUGAGUUGAAUACUUUUGCCAAAAUUACUAGGCGAAUGGUUUUUUUUUUUACAAAAUAUGUUAAUUGAUAAGACAAAUAAUGAUUCACUUUUCACCGAAUUUCUUCUUCCUCUGUUUUCCAAAUGCUUGAUUUUACCAACCAGGAUCAACUAUCAAUCAGCGAUUUCUUUGGCUUUUUGCUAAUCGCAGAUUAACAUCAUUGAUGUUGCUUGAAGCAACCCAGCAUAUUAUGUAUUUAGGAGCUUAAUAUCCAGUAUGUAGAAGCGACUCUUCCAUACGCCUCCUGGUACCAUUUUUUUAUAUUCAACGUCUUCCUACAACUAAUUUAUAAAUACGUUACAAUAUUCCAUUUUACUUUUUUAAUAAAAAAUAAACGUCUCGUCUCGCCUUACCAUUAUUAUCUGUAUAAAAAUAUUAUUUCAAAAUAUAAUUCAAAGCUUUGCCGCAUUUAUUACUGCUUUUUGUAUACUAGAAGAAUUUGUAUUUAAUCCUUAUUGAAAAUGAUAGUGAAUGAUUGAUUACCUGUCAGAAUGGUAACUCAACUUCUUGAGCAAUGAAGGAAAUAUAUAUAUUUUUCAUUUCAAGGAAUUGAAUGUCGUUUGAUGAAUUUAUUUAUUCAUUGAUCAACAUCUCAUGAGUAUUGACCACCCUUUUUUUAAUGGAUUGAAAUAAAGUUUUCGAUUCUCUAAUGCAAAAAUUACAUCAAUAUAACAUUAUAAUCAAGUUUUUGCUCUCUUUAGAACUAGUUGGAGUGUUUUAUAGAUAUAUUAAUAAAAAAAAAUUGUAGUAUUUUAUAUAUUGUUGUGAUGUGAACCUAGUAUUCAUAGUUAAAUAAAAUAUUAUUUAUUCAUUUAUGUACAUAGAAACAAUUUGAUAAAAAAUAAUAAUCUUCCUCUAGGUAUUGUGAAAUAAAUUGGUUAUUAGAAAAUUAUCUAUAUUGUUUAUUGCUAUGUGAAAUUAAGUGGCUUUUUAUAUUAUAUUUUUAGCUGCUUUUAUAUUUGAAAAAUACAAUGUAUUUUUUUAUUACAUUGAAAAGCAAGUUAUUUUGUAUUUUCAGGUUAUGUGUGUUUCAUCUUAUCAUUUGUGUAACUUUCAAAUAUUUGACUAUAUAAUUUACAAAGUGUUCUGUUUCAUGUAUUCUCUUUAAUUUGUGAUUAAAGGGUUUAAAAAAUGA